CCCUCAUAGAGAAGAGAACAAACAACAAAGGUCAUCACAAGAAGUAAUAACCAAUAUCACACCCUAUUUACCCCUUCUGCAAGAAAAGCCAGCAGUAGCCAAAGAUGAAGCAAACCUCUCUUGCUUUGUUAGGUCUUUUCUUUGUAACUCUGUUAGUCGGAAAUAUCAAAACAACUGAAGGGUCCUUGCCAUCUGCAUUCGAUACUCCUGGCAGUCUCUUAUCUGAACUCUGGCGAGAUCGGUUUCCUGAUCCUUUCAGAGUCUUGGAGCAAAUCCCAUUAGGUCUCGAGAGGGAUCAGAGCUUGGCUCUGUCUCCUGUGCGAGUGGACUGGAAAGAAACACCAGAAGAGCAUGUGAUCAGGCUUGAUGUGCCAGGGAUGAAGAAGGAUGAGGUAAAGAUAGAAGUGGAGGAGAAUCGAGUUGUGAGAGUAAGCGGCGAAAGGAAAAGAGAGGAAGAGAAAGAAGGAGACCAUUGGCAUAGAGUAGAAAGGUCACAUGGCAAGUUCUGGAGACAGUUUAGGAUGCCUGAUAAUGUGGAUUUGGACUCUGUCAAGGCCAAGCUUGAUAACGGUGUCCUCACCAUUACCAUCAACAAGCUUUCCCAAGACAAAGUCAAAGGUCCAAGGGUUGUUGAUAUUGCGUUCGAAGAGGAUCAAACUGGUAAAGUCAGUUCUGCUUAGACACAAAAAGAGAUCUUGUUGAAUCCAGGACUGUGUUUGAUGUCUAUAGAAUCUAUGUAAUCUCGUCUUCUUUACGCGAAUAAAUUCUGUAACACGUCUUUAUAUUGCGUGCCUUGUUUAUUGAUCAUUCCCAAUAAAGAUA